CUAGGAAGCACGACACCGGCAGCUGGAGGGGGGCGUGAACCGGACUGGCAUCGGCUGGUGAUGGAGGGGAGAGUGGUAUUGGGAGACCGGUAUUGGAGGAGAAACGCAAGGCCCAGCUGCAAUAGCCAUUUAAGGUUUUUGAACGAACACAGAUUUUGGAUUCCUUCAGACCCGCAAUCAAUCGAAUGGAUGAUAUGAUCCCAGCAAAUCCUCCCUGCUGUCUCUACAAACAUUGGGCUCCCUGAUGCCUGUAAUUCCUAUUCCUCGUCGUGUUCGGUCAUUUCACGGCCCCCACACUACUUGCUUACAUUCCGCCUGUGGACCAGUCAGGACCACGCAUUUGGUACGCACGAAGUACAACAACUUUGACAUCUACUUGAAGUCUCGAUGGAUGUACGGAUUUAUACGAUUCCUUCUGUACUUCAGCUGCAGCCUUUUCACUUCCAUGCUCUGGGUGACGCUCUCUAUCCUGUUUUGCCUUCAGUAUCUGGGCGUCCGAGUAUUCCUGCGCUUCCAGUACAAAUUAUCAAUCAUCCUCCUCCUCUUAGGCCGGAGGCGAGUUGACUUUAGCCUCAUGAACGAACUGCUUAUUUAUGGAAUCCAUGUGACUAUGCUGCUAGUUGGUGGACUGGGGUGGUGUUUCAUGGUGUUUGUAGAUCUGUAAAUAAAAGCAUGCAUAUUGAGAAAAACGUUUCCAUGGCAGAAACAUCAUGUGGGCCACUUGUUUCCUUUUUAUUCCUCAGUGUAAGAGAAGUCUGUUUUUUAAUAAACGCAUGUUAACUCUC